CUUUUACUUUGGUAACCUUGUGAAAUAGGAAUGGCUUGCAGGAAUCAUCUGAUACAGUGAGACGGGCGGAGCCAAGCCCCAACAAUGUGUUGGGGCAAGAUUUUUUGUUUUUCUAGUUUAUUAUACUUGCCCUUUUAGAUUUUCAAUUUAAUUAGGUGGACAAAAGUUGUGUUUUCAUAAAAGUUUUCUUAAAUUUACAAGGAGUGAUUAGCACAAAAUAAAAAUUCAACUGGGGCAAUUGCCCCACUAUGUUUAUAUGUAGCUCCACCCCUGCAGUGAGACGACAAAAACAGCCAAUUCAAUUUUAAUUCAGAGAUGGAAUUGAAACAUAUCUUAUCUAUUCUCGUACGAGUGCCAGCGUGAUUUUCCUUUAAAAAAAAAAUUGGAUGAUUGAUUGAUUAUCUUUAGGAUCACAAGUAGUGGGCACGCUUUGCACCAUAGUUACUUGUUUCUGCAUAUAAACACUUUCAUAUAUACAACACAAGUUCUGUAACUUCUGCUCCAAUUAGUGAAAGAUUUCCAGAGAUGGAGAUGUCAACACCUGUAGGUUCAUCGUCCGGCAGCGGCAUAACCGGAAGGUUGGAAGGCAAAGUGGCAAUCAUAACUGGUGGCGCAAGUGGUAUAGGCCAUUGCACAGCAAUGCUAUUUGCCAAACACGGUGCUAAAGUCAUCAUUGCUGAUAUCCAAAACUCUGCUCCUGAGGAGUUCCAAGAACAAGAAUCCAUUACAUACGUUCGUUGUGAUGUAACCAAAGAAUCAGAUGUGGAAAAUGCGGUGGACACGGCCAUUGAAAAACACGGUAAGCUGGAUAUAAUGUUCAGUAAUGUAGGAAUUUCAGGGAGCAAACCGAACGGCGUAGUUCUUGGUGCCGAUACAGAUUACGAGAACUUCAAAAGGGUUUUUGAUGUCAAUGUGUUUGGUGCGUUUCUGUGCGCAAAACACGCAUCCAGAGUCAUGAUUCCUGCCAGAAAAGGUAGCAUCAUCUUCACUUCCAGUCUCUGUACGAAGACUUAUGGUUACGUUGCUCACGCCUACUGCGCGUCGAAGCACGCGAUCGUUGGCCUGACGAAGAACUUGGGGGUCGAGCUUGGCGAAUUUGGGAUUCGGGUGAACUGUAUUUCGCCGUUUGGAGUCGCAACGCCGAUGCUGCAGAAAUUGUUGGGGAAAGAUAAGCAGAAAACAGAGGAAUAUGUCGGUGAAAUGGCGAAUCUCAAAGAGGCGGUCCUCGAAGUGGAUGAUGUUGCAGAAGCGGUGUUGUACCUCGGAAGCGAUGAAUCUAAGUACAUAAGCGGGAUAAAUCUUGUAAUUGAUGGCGGCUAUAGCACAACCAAUGUUGCUUUGAAAGUUGCCAGAAAGAAAAUGUUCCCUUGAUUUUGAUUUUUUUUUUUUUUCUCACUCCCCCUAUCUAGUCCAAAAGGCAAAAUGUUAAUUUGUCGUGUACGAUCAGAGUCACUACAUCGCUCAUUUGUGUUUGCUUUGGAAGCUCGAAUUUGAUUACUUCAUUUGUGAUUUGUUACAACUACUUUGACACAAUCUUUUUGAAUUUAUGUUUUUUUUGGUGAUACAUCAAUUAUUUUCAUUUACAAUAGUGAAUCUGGA